AUGCAUUCUUUCAUCCGAAUCGCACCAACAGCUCCUCGGGCGCCCUCUGAAGAAAUCCUGGACGAGGGCAGGAAUGUGAUACUAGCACGAGCUCAAGCUUCAAAAUCGACAUUUACAACCUCCGCAACCACGCCCGUCCUCCUAGAAAACCAACGAACACUUCUCGAAGAAUCGGUCCACGACGUUGCGGUGGAGCACCUCCGCCGCGAAUCUAGGCUUGACAAGCGAAGUUUAUGCAACCGCGAACUGCGUCGCGAAGAUCUGCAAAAGUGGGUGUCGGACUGGCACCAAAAGCUCAAGGCGCGUAUCGAGGCAGUCAUAAAGGACAUUAUAGCUGUUGAGGGUAAAAUCGUGCCCCCCAUCCACCCCCUCGUCAAACCUGAGAAGCUCUCAUCAAUAUCCUCGAGAUCAUGGGUUGACUUGCCUCCUAUGAUGCAGAAUUGA